AUGGGAGCAUGCUGUGCGCUUGGGGCAGACCCCAUCAGUGAAAGCACCAUGAGUCCAGCAGCUGCAGAAGUCCAGCUGAAGACCGGAGAAGUGCAGAGAGUGAGCCUUGUUCCAGCUUCACAUUGCUACUGCCUGCUUAUUGCUCCCGGCUCGGCCCUCUUUAUGGACGUCCGGUCAAGGGACCUCUUCGAUCGAAGUCACGUUUUUGGUGCUUGGUCUGUGGGUACACUGAGCAAGGCAGGCAAUCAUGGCGCCAUCAGAUCGAGAUGUGAUCUGAGAUGGCUUGUGAUUAUGGGCUCUCAUGAGGACCCUUUGAAGGAUGAAAGGGUGCUUGAGAUCCUAGAACUUCUGCAUGACCUUCAAGUGCGUCCCAUAUCCCAGCGCCCCUUGCUGCUUCUGGGAGGCGUGGGCGAGUUUCAGAGGCGGUUUCCCUUUUGCAUGCGAACUGCUGGCAAAGAACAGCUGGAGCCUCUGCCUGUAUGUCCGGCAGAGGUCGUUGAACCAGGUCAGGCAUCUGUGGUGAAGGGUGCCAAAUCCUCCAAGAAUCGAUCUCUGUACCUCGGAUCGCUUGUCUGCCUGAUGCCGAAGAAUUCAGAAGCCUCCCGAGCACUGAAGAUUGCGGCCGCGGUGCGGAUUAUCGAAGAGAGCGUCGAUCCAGAUCCGGAGCAGGGCCCACUCCUCCCCGGCCUCAACAUAUGCGAAGUGCGUAUGCCUUCUUCGGCACCAGUGAGGAGCCUCGACGUGGAGGGAAAAGCGGGAGUUACAGAUGACAAGAGCUGCAGCUCCUUCGAUCGAUCAGCUCGAGCCGUUGCAUGCGUUGCAGCGGAAGCGCCGGGCUCUGUCCCUGGGAGCUCCCUGUCUGCUCUGUGGGCCCUGGAGCGCUGUGGCGGCGGCUCUCUACGUGAGUCGCCUGAAGCCUUCCUGGACAGGCGACGAGCUCAUCGCCUUCAUCAAGGAGAGAUGCCCAGGUACUUGGAGCCAUCUCGCCCAGGAAGCCCUCCACUUAGGCCUCGAGGCAUCGCAGACUCCCCGGAGUCCUCAUCGCCGCGGCCUUCAAGGGGAAAAGGCACCGCUGGAAGCAACUCGAGCGGAAGUGGAGCAACUGCAGCAGCAGCUUGCUCAACGCCUCCGUCUGCAGCCAGAGGAGGCAAGCCGAAGCCUCCGAACCGUCCGAGUGGCUUUGGACAAGAUCUCCGCCCAGCCCCAGGAGGAGAAGUUCCGCCGGCUGAAGGCGAGCAACGACCGGGUGGUGCGAGAGCUGCUGUCUCACUCCGAGGCGGUGGCCUUGCUGGAAAGAGCUGGUUUUGCCAAAGACGCCUCUACCGGCGAUUUGGUGCUCCCUUCGUCGGCCCCAAUUGA